GGAGCCAUACGAGAUGAACGUCAGCUUGGAGCUCAGUUUAAGACGCUGCUUCCAUGGACGUUAACUUGUUUCUGAGAGCGCAGCCAUGGCUAAGAGCCCUGGAUGUGUUUACUGAAGGCGAUAGCAGUUCAGGUGCCGAGCCAUCACGAUUUCCUUGUGAGCUGUUGUUCGCGGGUCUAGCCUGCUUUGGUUUACCAGACGUAAAAGACGAUGAGACUGGCUCUACAUUACAACUACAUUUUGCUCCAAGGGAAAGUGGAGAUGCUAAAGCACAACGAGAGACGGCCGUAACCCGUCAGCGCUUUCGACUUUUUUCCGGGUACUAUAAAGGCAGCCGUGCCCUUCUGGCCGAAUUUGGACCAGAUAAUGCAGACGAUCAGGACUCCAUCCCCUCCACUUUUACGUACUUUAUCAUAGACCACUCCAGCGUCAUAAAACUUAUCCCGCCGAAACCAGAAGAAACCAGAUUACCACCGUCUGCGUUUCUUGUCUUCUCUGAUGUGCAACUAAUCUUUUACCCCACAACCGUACCGUCGUGGCGAGAAGGGGCAUCCUUAGUAAAUGGAGCAAUCCGUAAAAUGUUCUCAUGGCUCAAUGGAAUUGACUCUGCACAAAAACCUGGUCCUAUCCUCAAUAUCAUCGACCAUGUCUGUUUGACCAGCGCGCCACAGUUCGAUGAUUCGACAACGGUGCAGGAAUUCAUUUCCGCCAAAAGCGCGCAAUGGCUGAAGUUUUUGGAUGCGGCGCAUGAUAUGGUUUGUGCGAUCAAGUAUGUGCAGGAGCCGAAGGUGUCAGGAUCAUUCCCACCUGUAGAUAAGCUGGCCAGGACGUUCACAUCUUUGCAAGCUUUCGGCAACGCGUAUACAUUAGCGGAGGUCACGGAAACGAAAGAUCAAGUCAAACAAAGGAUGGUGCGGGUCCUAAAUCGCGACAGUCAAGCCUCACCCUCCUCCACGUCCGAGGAGCUUGAGCAUAUCAUAAACGAUCUGCGUCAAUCAUAUGUAGCAGAUGCUUUGCUUUCAUUGUACACGUAAAGAGAUGAAGCAACAUAAUUAUAGAUUGCAACUUUCAGUUGACGAUGUUAUGUGCUUGCACUUGCAGGAUCCUGAUGUUCGAACCAUAGUAUAAUUCGUCAAGACGGAAAGGGA